CGUUAGCAGACAGUUGUGCGUUUUUGCUUAAUUUUGGGUCUUUCAGGCGCCAUUUUACUAUUGACCCAGAUUAGCUGUUAGCAGCUUACUUUGAGUCUUUUAUCGCGCGUCUUAAAUUAACAAUGAUCUUAAUUAUAUUUACAGCACCUAUCGCGCGUUAAAGAGAGAGAUUGUGUUUCGCAGUGUUUUGUGUUUUGUGUGUAGUCGCGUGUGAACGCCAUGCGCCAUUUUGAGCAGCGAACAAAAGCAAAAGACGCAUUUUUUUUUCAUUACUGUUAUUUUCGUAGCCUAAUUUACUUUAUUUUCAGGCGCUAAUCUUUAUUUCUAGAUUCAUUUAUUUUGUUCUGCUUUAAAUGUGUAACAUACCAGUUUUGUAGUAGGUGAAAUUAAACAAUUUUGCCUAUUAGGAACUAAAAAACAACACAAAUCAACGGUGUUUGACUCUAAGGGCUCUAGGACAAAACCAAUUAUUUAUCUUUUAUUAUGUCAAGACAACAUUCAACAUAAAGAGCAAGAGAAUAGAAGAGAGAGACUGGUAUUGAGGGGGAUGGAGACCGAAAUCAGCCACACCUCCAUUAUCAUCUCUCUAGAGAUUCUCGGAUUGAGCCAUGCAUCGCGACUGCCCUCUGGACUGCAAGGUGUACGUUGGGAAUCUGGGGAACAAUGGGAAUAAGUCCGAACUGGAGAGGGCGUUCGGUUAUUACGGACCCCUGAGGAGCGUGUGGGUGGCCAGGAACCCUCCUGGGUUUGCGUUCGUUGAGUUUGAGGACCCUCGUGACGCCACAGACGCCGUCAGAGAGCUGGACGGACGGACUCUCUGCGGUUGCCGAGUGAGGGUGGAGCUGUCCAAUGGCGAGAAGCGAACUCGUAACCGGGGUCCGCCUCCUUCCUGGAGCCGACGUCCGCGCGACGACUACCGCAGGCGAAGCCCGCCUCCCAGGCGCAGAUCUCCCAGGAGGAGGAGCUUCAGUCGCAGUCGUAGCAGAUCUCUUUCCAGAGAACGCAGGAGGGAGAGAUCGCUGUCCCGCGACAGGAACCACAAGCCUUCGCGAUCUUUCUCCCGAUCGAGGAGUCGUUCCAGAUCUAAUGACCGGAAAUGAACCACAACUCUGAGAAAAACGUUGUGACGGGAAAACGUCGAUCAAAAACGUUGAAAAGACUUUAUUGCUCCGAGUCCCCCAUUUAUUUUGUUUUUUUUUUUUAUGAACAUUAUUUUAGCGGUUCUCUUUCCUUCUGUAGCUGCGGUUUUAAUGCGACAGCAUUCCAUCUCACACUUCUUUUAAGACUUUUUUUGUUUUGUUUUUGUCGGUGAAUGUGAUUGGUCCUGCUGCGCUGAGCUCAUUUCCUGUCGCCUGAGCUCGACCGCAAGCGUUUUGCUUUGUUUGUGUGCAUCAGAGGGGGAAGGUGUAACGGCACUGUGUCGCCAGCAGGGGGUGGAAUGAAGAACAGCUUUCAUUCUCGUGUUUGUUUUUUUCCUUGUAGUGUUUGUACUGUUUAUAAUGUUGAUCUGAAUUAAAACUCAUUACAAAAUA